AUGGAAGUUAAAUAUAGAGGACCUAGCGAUGACAAGCUUGAAUGCGAAUUUUUAGAAAAUAACCUUUUGAGCUGUCUUAGAGAAAAAUCUGUUCAAGAUAAUGUAGCUAAAAUGACUUGCAGACCUGAAUUCCUUGUUUGGUUCUUCUUAGAAUGCCCCACCAAGGCUGCCGUCUAUCACGAUCCUAAGGGACUUAGAAAUAUUUUUAUCCAAGACAAGAUUAAAUAAAAGGGUAGUGAUGAUGGUGUUCUUUCUAAGGAUGAUUGA